GGCAGCCUUGGGCUGCUGCCAGCUGCUGCACAAGGCCCUGGAAGGGAGCGGCCAUUAAGGUCCUGCAGCAGCACCUCGGCUCUUGGAGGAGGUGUGAGCAGAGGUUGGCCAGCACUUGGAUCCAGGUGAUUAGAAGCCAUCUGUAGUGCUUUGUGCUUGGGACAGCUGCUCAAAGGACCUGUUCCUGCAGAGGGAUGGCCGCAAAGAAAAAGGAGAUAGUGCUGCAGAUUAACGUUACUAGCCAGGAGCUUUGGGAAGAAGUGCUGUGUCUCAAAGGACUCAUUGUUGUCGAUGUGUUUCAAGCCUGGUGUGGCCCAUGCAAACCAGUAGUGAAUCUGUUCCAAAAAAUCAGGAACGAAGUUGGCAGUAAUCUCCUGCAUUUUGCUGUGGCUGAAGUUGAUUCCAUUGAUGCUCUGGAAAAAUACAGAGGACAGUGUGAGCCUGUCUUUCUCUUUUAUACAGGAGGAGAAUUAGUGGCUGUUGUAAGAGGAGCAAAUGCACCAUUGCUGCAGAAGACCAUCCUGAAACAGCUGGCAGAGGAAAGGAAGGAUUUAUGUGGAAGAGAGCCUGUGGUGGUGCCAGACAGAGCCUUCUCUAGAGAGCAGGGAAGCACAGCUCCCCUUCAGGAGGAACAGCAGAAGGACUAACAGGCUGAGCACCCAUCGGGUCCGGGAUGACAAUGGCAGUCGUGGAACAGACGCGAGUUUUUUCAAUAAAUACAAGAUUUCCGUGUGGCAGCA